AUGCCCUCGCCGGGCGACAACUACGCCAUUCACAAAGUCUCUGUAAGACGUGCUCGCCAGGCCUGCGGUCCUUGUCGUCGUAAGAAAGCGCGCUGCCCGGGCGAAAAGCCCAUCUGUUCGUUAUGUCAACGGUUGGGACAGCGCUGCUCUUACGGUUCGCAGGCGACUCCGGGAUCAGGACCUGCUUCGGCACGUCGCUUGAACGAGCCGGGCGAGGAGAGUCAGGCUGAGGAUGCCGGUUCCCAGCGCCUGCAGCGCAUUGAGAGGAGGUUGGACGAGAUGGCGGGCAUUCUGCAGUAG